AUGCCCAAAAAACCAUCCAGCUCGAAAUCCAAGAAAUCAACCAAAUCUUCACAACACAAACAACAACCACAGCCUCUCUCGGAUAAGCAACGUUCCGAUCAAGAAAGAGAACGUGGAAAUGAACAAUUCCGACAACAACAAUUUGAUGCUGCCAUAACAUCGUAUACUCAGGCGAUUUUAUUGGAUUCCAACAAUGUUUUAAAUGUUUCUAACCGUGCACAAGUGUUUUAUAAAAUAGGACAAUACCGGAAUGCGAUCAACGAUGCAGAAACAGCACUUCAAUUAGACCCAAAAUGGUGGAAAGCCUAUCAUGUAAAGGCUGCUUCAUUGGCUGCUUUACAAGAGUACGAAGAGGCCAAACAUUGUUGUGAUCAAGGUUUAUCUGCAUUGCAAUCAUCAAGCAAUAACGGAGAAGACGCAUCUCUCUCCUCAUCCAAGGUCGAGCAAGGAAUUGAAAUGAUUACCAAUUUGAAAAAUCAAAUCGAAUCGAUGCAAGAAAAAAGCAAAACAAGACAACAACAAACACCAUCAAAGCCUGUGAGUAAGAACAAGGAAUUGGAGCAGGUAAAAAAGAAAAUGGAUUCCUUUGCUCUCCCUCAACUCUUUGUAUCCAUCAAUAAUAAUGACUUUGAAGAUGUUACGAAAUGUCUCACAGAUCUCGGCUAUUCUGUGAAUAUGCCUCUAAAUUUCGAAUUUGGAUUUGGUACUUCUGUUACUCCAUUACAUUACUGUGUACUGAAGGGCACUCCUGAUAUGCUGAAAUAUUUGCUAGAAAAAGGGGCAGAUUGGAAGGCAAAGACCAGUCAACCAUUUUACUUCACUGUGCUUCAUUUAUGUUGCCUCUUUAAUGUCGCUGACAUGCUACAAGUGUUGUUGAACUUUAUUGAUGAGCAACUCGAAAAGGAUGAAAAGCAAACAUCAUAA